AUGGACGCGCAGCAGCAGCUGGAUUUGGUCAUGCGUCACCAGAGCAUGGCCACCGUCUGCGAGAGCGAGGACGCGCUGGGGUCGUCGGAGUCGGAUCCCGCGAGGCCGGCGCGCCCGCGCGGCAAGAGGAGCCGCGCUGCCGAGGUGCACAACCUCUCCGAGAAGAGGAGGAGGAGCAGGAUCAACGAGAAGAUGAAGGCGCUGCAGACCCUCGUACCCAACUCGAGCAAGACGGACAAGGCCUCCAUGCUUGAUGAUGCCAUUGAGUACCUGAAGCAGCUUCAGCUCCAGGUGCAGAUGUUGUCUAUGAGGAAUGGCCUGUAUCUGCCCCCAGGAAACUUGUCAGGAGCACCUGAGGCUCUGGCACCCUCAGAAAUGUGUGCUGCACUUAACCAAAGUGGUGCCAAGGCAUCAAAUUCUGGCGCUGUUGUACUACCUGGAAACCAAAUUCCUGUAGCUCGUCUUUUAUUUGAUCCACCAAAUCAUGAUCAACGGCAUGAAAACCCACUUGUAUUGCAAAGGAGUAGUUCAACCGCUGUAGAGCCUCAGUUCCUUCGAGAGCCAGCGCAUGCACAGCCCAGCCUUCAAUCCUUUCAGCUGGCUCUACCUCCUGAGAUGAUCUUCAAGGAGGACAUGAUGUUAGAGCAUCGACUAACUUCAGCUCAAGAAACCACAUCUUUACCAGGACAUGAGGCCAAGCCUGGUAGGCAGGAAGCACGCAUGGUGAAUUCUGAUCUUUUUGAUAGAGGUUCGCUCGGGAAAGAAAGAGCACAGGACUUGAUGCCAAAAAACACUGAAAGUGUACUGUUUAUGCCGUACUUGCAUAGGACCAAGGCAAAGAGUAGGAACUAUAGGAGCAAGUUCACAAAAUCGCCAUUUGAUCUGAAUGUUAGCAGCUGA